AUGGCUUACUUAACAGAAUUCUCCGGGCUUGACACUUCCCAUGCUGCUGCAAUUCUUAAUGCAUGCAAGGGUGUAGAGACCUUAAUGCCCAUAGGCAUGGCCUUCCUUGUAGAUUCUUUUGUCGGUGAAUAUUGCAUGCUGUUGUUCUCCAGUCUUUCUUACAGCUUUGGGAUGAUCUACUUGGCAAUGUCAACACUAUCGAAAUUUGGAGGCUACUGUGGUGAAAAACGUCCAAAUUGCAUCCAUGCUGCCCAAUUUGUUAUGUUUUACAUAUCAUUACUCUUCAUAGCCAUUGGAGUAUCUGGUCAUAAGGCAUCCUUGCGUUCUUUCCUAGAACAACAAAUGCCAAGUCAAACAGAAAGUGAUCAUCAAGAUGGUGAAAAAAGAAAAAAGCCAAGGAAAUUGAGACGCUUCUUCAGGAAACAUUUCGCUAAGAUUCUUCUCAUGAGCAUUGCAUCUACUCCAAUUUCAUUGACUCCUUCAUGGUCUGUCAAAUUUGGAAUACCAGCAAUAGGGAUGGUAGUGGCAACUAUUCUGUUCAUGUGUCGCUCAGACUCAUACAAAUAUGCUAAUAAAUCACAGGGGAGUCCUCUCACCGUUGUUUCUAGAGUCUUUGUAGCUUCUGCUUCCAAGAUGUUUUGUCCCCUCCCACGGGAUGCUAAUCAACUCCAUGAAAAUCGACGUAAUUCUCAAUAUGUGCCUCACACCCACGGCCUCAGGUUCCUUGACAAGGCUGCCAUUGUAGUACCAGCCCAAACGCUAGAGCAACAAGAACAAAAUAGAUGGACACUUUGCAGUGUAACAGAAGUAGAGGAAAAAAAAAUCUUUAUUCGCAUGAUACCUAUGUGGAUUAUCUUUAUCAUGUGUGGGAUCGUGUCAUCUGUAGGAGACACUUAUUUUUUAGAACAAGUAUGGAAUUUGGAUGACACAGUUGGAAUAGUGAAGGCACCUGUUUUUAUGCUACUAGUCUUACAGGACAUUGCAAAAUUCAUGUUUGCCACAGUCACUAAGAAGUUAACUAAAAAUGGAUCAAGAAAAUAUGCAGCCCCCAUUGGAAUGAUAAUAGCAAUGUUGUUUUCUGUGGUAUGUUGUAUCACGGCUGCAAAAGCGGAGACAAUGAGGCUAGACGUGAUAAAAAAAUAUUGGUUACACAAUUCUAAAAAUGAUAUCCCAUUGAGCAUGUUUUGGCUUCUUCCACAAUUUCUUCUUCUUGGUGCCCUUGAUGGAAUCUCGCAUAACCUUCUUGGUGACCGUGAACAUGGUUUUAGCAAUAUUGCUUGUUUCUUCAACGGUGGAGUUCCUGACUCUAUAAGCUCCUACUUGCUAAUUGUUAGCGAUAGUGUAUUUGGAUUCGGAAUUUGGGGUGGUGUCAUUUCAGUUUAUAUGGUGGAUAAGAUCAAACCAAGUUGGUUUCAGAAGACAUUGAACGAAAGUCAUUUGGAUAACUACUAUUGGACACUGGCAGUUCUGAGUUCCAUAAAUCUUGUCUUCUCCAUCUUGGUGGCAAUUUGGUACAUAAAUCAAAGAUGUUCUCUUGCAGAUCCUCAUAGCUCUCAAAGACCAGAUGGAUUUUCUAGCACCUUAUACCAAAUUGCAGGCAUCAUCAAAAAUUAUUUUAUUGCAGCUGUUCAACAUUUCUUUGAUGGUGGUAUCAUCCCUAAAUCAAUCAAUGCAACAGAAGAACAAGCAACAAAAGAACAAGCAAAGUGA